UGUUGUUCUGUGUUUGAAUUGAGGUUAACUAUUUUUAAGUUAUGUUUAAAUUUAAAACUUCUUUUUUGUUUGUGUAAUUAAAGACACCGCUCUAUUACUUAUACUGAUUGAAACUGGUUUGGUCAAUUGUGUAACUAAUGUCUAAAAACUCCGAAAAAAAAAUACACAAAAAAAAUGGUAUUAAAAACGGAAUCACGAAAACCAUUGACACUUCUUUUUUGCAAUGGUCUGAAAAUAUUACAAGUAUCGACGUAAGCAACAGAAAUAUCGAGACAUUAAAUGAAAAUAUACAGUUUCCAACCAACUUGUUGAACCUGAACUUAUCAAACAAUGUACUAGCCGAAGUGCCCAAUGUAGUGCUAAAUUUGAAGAAAUUACAAAUGUUAGAUUUAUCGCAUAACUUAAUUAAGUAUUUUGACGAAACGCCGAGCUUCUGCCAUGUUAUAGAAACACUCGAUCUAGCACAUAAUCACCUAGCAGGACCUCCUUACUGGGUGUGGUCUGAAUCACCAUCGAAACUAUCCAAACUCGAUUUAAAUUACAACUUUAAACUAUCAGACUCCUUCAUAAACGGGUAUUUGGAAGAAUUGUUGCAGUACAAUGUGUCCGUAUCCGAAAUAAACAUAUCAAAUUGCAGAUUGAAUGACCACAUAAGCCUGUUGGGUACAUUCAAUAAAGUUAAGACACUUGUUCUUGGUAUACCUAAUUAUAGUAAUUUUGCUAACCACAUUGUUGAUGCACCAUGUGUAGGCCUAGAUAAAUGCUGCGAUAUAGAAAGACUGAUUAUGAGCAAUACACAGAUAUAUAAUAUUAAACCAGAUAUUGUUGUAUUUAAAAAUAUUGUUGAAAUCAAUAUGUCCCAUAACUAUAUCUCAGAUCUACCGAAUGAGUUCUGUGAUUUAGUUAGCCUUGAAAUAUGUAUAUUAUCACAUAAUAACCUUCUAUAUUUACCGGACGAUAUUUAUAAAUUAAAAAAAUUGACACACUUGUAUAUAGACUGUAAUGCACUAUGCAUAUUGCCAGAGAGAAUUAUUGAACUGUUGAACCUUAAAGUUAUUGAUUUAUACAAUAAUGGGUUGUAUGAUGUGCCUGAGGGAAUAAAAAAUGUGGCAGAGUUGGACUUGGCGCAGAAUUUCUUUGAUGAACCAGAUGAUUUGGGUUACAUCAAUAGAAAAGAAAAACUAAGGUUGAAUAUUCUGGACAGAUUUGAUGGAAGGAAAAUAGAAGAGGCUAGACCUGAGAGUGAGCACUCUAAUGACACUACAGAUGAUGAGGAACUUCUGAGAACUCUGGAAAAUACUGAAGUAUCAGAACAACGAUAUGAUCCACCGAGUUCCCCUGAAGAUUGGGAUUCUGAUGAGUACUGGGUGCCAUGCUAUCCUCGGCACGUGUCCCCGCCUCCUGAUUCGCCUUGGUUGUACUUUGUGAAGAAAAAAAUGGCAGAAGGCCACUUCUGUCCAAUGGAUGCUCAUCCUGUCUCUGUGUCGGAACUAGUGAAGUAUGAAAAAAUUUGCAAUCCUAGAAUAUGGACUGAGUAUGAAGGACAAUUUGAUGACUACUCAGAUGACAAUAGCUGAUUGUUGUGUAGCUAUUAUUAUAUUCACAUAGUACCUGGAUGAACAAGCUCUCUCUUAUCCUUAAAGAAAAUAGUAUGUAUACACAUUCAUUGUUAUAAAAUGUAUUAUUGAUAUACAAUAGAUAGUAGGCUAUCCCAGUCCUUAAAAGAGGAAGAAAUAAUAUUUCCUCUCAGUAUAACAAAAAUGUCUACUAUUUACAGUAGUCAUCCACCGCGCAACCAACUGGGCGCGCGUAGGCGCCCGGUUGAUUGGGCGCUACACACAGGUGCCCCCGAUCGCCCCUCCGAU